AUGAUGGACAAGGAGAGCACCGUCAAAAGCCAGUUUCUGCUUCCUUUGGAUGCAGUUGUUUCGUUGAGCUAUGAAGUUAACGGUCGUCAGAAAGGAUGCGAAGUGAAUGAAGCCGGCACGACGUUUUUGCUUCCGGAUCGAUGGCCCGCUAUCCAGUUUUUCGUUGACUCGAAUAAGGCACCUUCGCGUCCAGCAACGCCAGCAGAUCAAGGUGCUACUAAUCCGAAAAGGCAAAAACUGGACCCGGCUCCCGAACAGCUCCUUGUUGAUGGUGAUUUGGCCGCUUCUAUUGGACAAUAUGCUCUGUUUUACAAUGUGAAAAGCGACGACUACAAAAGAUGCGCGAUCCCGUUGAGCACGAAACUCGCAGCAACAUUUCAACAUGGCGAGAACAAAAAGAUCAAAAUAGAUGAUGAAAUUGUAAUUCGCUCGUGGUCGGAUGAGAAGUUCAAUGUAAAAACUCGUGUUGUGAGAAUCAUUGAAGAACUCGAUGUGAUCAUCUUGAAAUCGGACGAAAAAGAUUUGUGUAAUCAAAGUUUGCCUUUGAGUCCAGUUCCGCCUCAAAAAGGAAUGGAAUAUCUGAUGAUGGGAUUUUCGAUUCUUCACAACAAGACAAGCCAUCUUUCACUGUCUGCCGGAAUCAUCGCUAGUGAUGUGAAGCGAAGAUUUCGAUAUACGGGAUCGAGUGGCUCAUUCAAAGGAGAUAGUGGUGGCGGAUGUUGGAACAAAAAGGGGCAAUUAAUAGGAAUGCAAGUCGAGGUGGAAAAGGUGGGGCACACGAAAGAUGACAAAGGACGACCUGCAUCUCCUGCAUGCGGAGGUCGUUGUUGUAUCGUCGCAGUCUAUGAUAUUCUCGUGGCGAUUCGGGAUUUGUUGCCACCGGCCGACUCUGAUGAGGAAUAUGAAUGGAACGAA